AUGAAAUUUCCUGUUCUGCUCACACUCCUGGCCGCCGCCAUCGCCACGGUUCAGGCUCAGUCCUCACGUGUGAUCAACGACCCUUCAACUCGCGAAUUGAAUGAGCUGGACUGCCCGCAGAUCUGUCUCGACUACUACACCCCUGUUGCCGACGAGGAGGGCAAUUUUUACUCAAACGAAUGUUACAUGAAGCGUGCCAAGUGUGAAAAGAACAGCGCAAGAACAAACUCGUCCUCAAUCAACGAUGAACCCCCUUCCAGCAAAAAGUGCCCAGAUUCCUGCCCCGACAUUGCGCUGCCCGUCUGCGUCUCUGACGGUAUCAAGUACAGCAACCCUUGUGAGCUCAAAAUCGCGGCCUGUAAGCACCCCGAGCGUAAAAUCGUCGAGUUUUCUUACUCCUCGACCUGUUCCGUUUCGAAAGUGGCACCCCAAGGGGAAUAA